AGCACUUCCUGGAGGUAGAAUCGUAGAGCUGCAACAGUGUAACUUUAUGGAAGUGAAACUAUCAAGACACUGACCCACAGUAGCCAAAAGGACCAUCUUUCAGAAUAUUUUUAACCUUACUUGUUAUAUUUGGAAAAAUAGCUUUUAGCCUGAAAAUACUGAAUCAAAUCCUAAUACUUUUUAUUUGGUUAUUUCCAUAUGUCCCGCAAAUCCAGCGACCAUGAAUAUAACCUUAGAAGCUUAAGCAAUCUGAUGGGGGAGAGAAGGAAGAAACUGAACGACGACACUGGAGAGCGAAGCCUCAUCAAGGCUGCCUCCAGCUCCAGCAUCAACAGCCAGGCUACAGCCACCGCUUCCACUGGGGACUUGGAAAGGGCAGCCCGCAAGCAAUUCCAGGAAGAUGUCACCCCGAGUUUCGUGUACGUCCUGGCGGGUUUCUCUGCGCUGGGUGGCUUUCUGUUCGGCUAUGACACCGGGGUAGUAUCGGGAGUGAUGCUCCUGCUUAAUAAAGAAAUGAAUUUGAGUGCGCUGUGGCAGGAGCUCUUGGUUUCCAGCACUGUCGGCGCAGCGGCGCUGUCCGCCCUGGCAGGCGGGAUGUUGAACGGGCUUUGGGGGCGCAGACCAUGCAUCUUACUGGCCAGUUUUCUCUUCUCAGUUGGGGCGGUAAUGCUAAGCGUUUCUCCAAAUAAAGAGAUUCUGCUCGUAGGACGCGUUGUGGUUGGACUUGGAAUAGGUGUUUUGUUUCUUGCCAUAUCCCAAGGUGUUGCUUCCAUGACGGUACCAGUAUACAUCGCCGAGUCUGCCCCCCCACAUUUAAGAGGAAGAUUAGUUACCAUCAACACCCUCUUCAUCACUGGAGGGCAGUUAUUUGCGAGUGUCAUUGAUGGGGCCUUCAGUUAUCUUCCUAAGGAUGGAUGGAGAUACAUGCUGGGCCUUUCUCUUUUCCCAGCGGUUCUUCAGUUCUUUGGGUUCCUGUUUCUUCCAGAAAGUCCUCGGUGGCUAAUCCAAAAAGGCAAGACACAAAAUGCUCGACGGGUUCUCAGUCGGAUCCGUGGCAAUCAAAACAUUGACGAGGAGUAUGACAGCAUCAAAACCAGCAUUGAGGAUGAGGAGAAAGAGUCUGGAGGAGAUGGUCCAGUCAUCUGGAAGAUGCUGACCUAUCCCCCAACUCGGAGAGCUCUCAUUGUGGGCUGUGGAUUGCAGAUGUUUCAGCAGCUGUCUGGCAUCAACACAGUCAUGUACUACAGUGCUACCAUCCUGCAGAUGUCAGGGGUUAAAGAUGUUAAAAUGGCAAUCUGGCUAGCAGCAGUAACAGCCUUCACAAACUUCACUUUCACUCUGCUUGGAGUUUGGUUGGUGGAAAAAGUGGGCCGCAGAAAGCUGUCCCUUGGCAGUAUAGCAGGUACAGCUCUGAGCCUGUUUGUUCUGGCCGUUGGGUUUUUGGUCUCUGCCCAACACUCCCCACCCAUCACCCUCCAUCCAGCAGACCCCUCAACUCUCAAUAACACCUGUACAACAUAUGGAUUCUGCAGUGACUGUAUGCUGAAUCCAGACUGUGGGUUCUGUUACCGGCUGAAUGGUUCCUCUGUAGUUGACUCUUCCUGUGAUCUUGUCAAUAAGGCAUCUACAGGAGAAGCUGUCUGGGGCAGGUGUUCAAAUGAAACAGCUAUGGCAGAUGGAACAUUUUGGGCUUACAAUUACUGUCCCACUUCCUACUCCUGGACUGUAGUUGUGGGUCUUAUUAUGUACCUUAUAUUUUUUGCACCAGGAAUGGGAACUAUGCCUUGGACAGUUAAUUCUGAGAUAUACCCACUUUGGGCCAGAAGUACAGGGAACGCCUGUUCAGCAGGAGUGAACUGGAUGUUCAAUGUUCUGGUUUCACUGACAUUCCUCCAUGUGACUGAAUACCUGACCUAUUAUGGUGCUUUCUUCCUUUAUUCAGGACUAGCAGCCAUGGGGUUCCUUUUCAUCUAUGGAUGCCUUCCAGAGACGAAAGGAAAGAAACUGGAGGAAAUUGAAUCAUUAUUUGAAAACCAGCUUUGUACGUGUGGUGUUUCAGAGUCUGAUGAAGGGAGACACGUUGAAUAUAUUCGGGUGAAAGGAAGCAAUUACCAUCUUUCUGACAAUGAUGCCUCUGAUGUAGAAUAAUUUAUGCUACAGCUUAGUUAUUUAGUAAUUUAAAGGACUUCUGGGGAUGAGCAGUUACUGGUGACCUCUGUACCCUGCUUCUGGUCUGUUUCUGAAUUGUGUUAUCUUCAUUAAUAUUCUGGUUUGCUCUUGUAUUUGAUGGGAAAAUAUGUUCAUUAAAUAUAUCAACCUAUUUUUCAGCUAUGAAACCCAAAACAUGAUUUAUAUCCUGAAAUACUGUUAACGGAACAUUCCGUUGUGCAAACAUUAAACAUUACAAGUAAUAUCUGGAAAUUAAUAGCAGUCUUUUGGCUCUUUCAUCCUCUUAUAAUUUUCAAACAAUCAGAACAUAAGGAUGUGAAACUGGAAAUACUGCAGUUUCAGAAAAUAUGACAUUGUCUUUGAUAUUAGUGCAACUGUCAAUGUUCAAUACAAAUAAUCUUUUUUCCCCAUCUGCUACAAUGCUUUUGUGCUGCUUUACACUCACUUUAAGGUUGUUGGUAUAUUUCCUCCCCAACGGUGCUUCAACUUCACCUUUCAACUCAUUCCAAUCUUAAUAUUUUAUUGGGAUAAUUUAGAAUAGAAUUAGAGUCAGAUUAUAGCUCUGCUAUAUAGAGACAUGUGCAACAUGCACAUUUGACAAUAGUAUUCACUAUAUAGUACUAGUACACCCUGAAAUGAACAGUAUUUCAUUUUGUAGUCUCUCUAUCAAAAAAGGACAUCAGGCACCAACUACGCUAUGACACCAGAAUCAUGGAUGAAAUUUCCUAUAUUUCGUUGUAAUAUUUUUUAAAGUGGCACAUUACCGAAAGGAUGAGAGAGAGACACAAGGAAAGAUAUUCUCCAGACCAGAAGCAGACUUUUUCUACAGAACACACUGUUUAAGUUUUUUUUUUUUUUUAAUUGCAGGCAAAACAUUUACAGUAUACACAGUUGUUGCGUUUGAAAUUGCAUACUAACACUAACCUUAUUUUUUAAGCAAAAGGGUAGUUAUAUGGUUUUGUGGAAAUGUUGUUUUCUGUCUUCCUCUGUAGCCUUGUGUACACAAAAUGGGUACCAAUAUCUAUCCACCAAGUGGCAGAGUUGAUACAUUUGUUUUAAAUGUUAAAUGUACUUUGAAAGUGUUCUGUUUUUAAAAUAAUGAAAUGCAAAUGCUGCAUUAGCUGGUAUAGUACUGUAAACACCUUAAUAGUCAGUCAGUUAUUCAUAGAUUUAAGUGUCAAGAUAAGUUUUUAAAGCUGGCUGCCGGUACCUAAGAGGAUUGAAAAUAUGUUAUGUGCAUUGUUUGUGACAAAAACAUUAGAAAACAACUGCUAAUACUAUUAAUGGUCUGUUCAGUGGUGAACAUUUUUACUUCAACAUAUCUUCUAUUUAAAGGUUAUUAUGCUGUUUUGUGCUAAAUUAUCAGUAGGUGUUUACCAAAAGUCUAAUGUAAUAAAUAUUCUGUCAAGGUUUCUUUUUUAUUUCUAUAGUUCACUACAGCAAUUGGACACUUGUGCAAUUAAAUGGUUAUUAAAUGAUAUUAAAAUGAGUUAAUGUAGGCUUGGUUUUGGGAGGAUUAACAUUGUGUUCUUAAAUAUGUAUUUUUAUGUAUUAAGAACAAGAUUUGUAAAGCACAUUUUUGCUUGGUGUUACCAAGAUUAAUAUAAUUUUAUAGAUUAUGUCAGAGAAUGACAACUGGUAGCCUUCCAUUCCAGUACAAACGUAUCUUAUUAGUAACAGCGCCAUCUACCCAAUUAGUAUCUGAUUGGAAAACCUAGUUUUCAUUUGAUACUAAAUUACGCAGACUACCCAGAUACAUCUUUGACAUGCUGAAGUUAGCAUGUAUUACCAGUAUCCAGCCAGUAAUCAGGAUACAAAUAGACUGGCAAAUAUGAAUGUAAUAAACUUGAAACUGUGUACAGUUCUAAAACAAUCAAAAUGUUUAUUCAACCAGAAUUAGGUUCCCUAAACAUAUCAGACAUUAAAAUCUUGGUAAUCUUGAAAUGAAUGUUUGUUUAUUUUUUUUUAUUUUUUUUUAAUCGUUAUUCAUGGCAUCUGGAAUUGUAUUUCUAAAUAGUGAUCAGAUGCAAUUUUCCUAUGUGAAACAAUUGGAAUUGAAAAUGUGUUUGUACAGUUUAUGAAAUAUUAGUGCUGUAUAGU